AUGGGUCCAGAGUUAUUUUUGGUUGGCAGAUUAUUUAUUUUAAUAACUGGUGCAAGUAAAGGGAUAGGACGAGGCUUUGCCAUUACAUUUUCUCAAGUAGCAUCCAGCAAUUCACACUUUUUAUUGAUAGCUCGAAAUGAAACUGGAUUGCGAGAAACAGCUAGCCUUAUGAGUAAUCAUGUUAAUGUUGAUUACGUCAGUAUGGACUUAUCAUUAGCGAAAGCUGAUCAGUUGGAAGAUAUGAUUAGAAAACGCAUCAAUCCGAAUGAAUAUGAUCAUGCUAUUAUUAUCCAUAAUGUUGGAACAACUGGUGAUACAUCACAAUUGACUUCUGAAAUGAAUAAUUUUCGUGUUUGGGAAAGAAUGUUUGAUUUGAAUGUGUUUUCACAAGCUGUUUUGAACUCAGUUUUCAUGAAAAUAUUUAAUGACAAAGUCAAAGCUAAAAAGUUAGUCAUUAAUAUGAGUUCAUUCGCCGCUAAAACACCUCUUCAAUCAUGUGGUUAUUACAGUUCAGCAAAAGCUGCACGUGAAAUGUAUUUUAGGGUUUUUGCUAAAGAGUUUCCAAACGUCAACGUUUUAAAUUUUUCCCCUUACAUGGCUGAUACUGAUUUAUUUAGAGCAGGGGAAAACAUAACAAGAACAACAGAACUUCCUCGAUUGCUUAAGAAAGCACGUCAAGACGGCAAAGUAUUAACGCCUAUCCAAGUAGCUCUUCGUCUUAGGGCUAUUAUAUGGGCACAAAAGUAUAAGUCGGGUGACUACGUAGAUUACUAUGACCCUAUAUAA